AUGCCAGAAGAGGAUGCAUUUUGGACCUUUGUCUGUUUAUGCAACCGAUAUAUGACCGAUUAUUUUAAAUCAGAUCUUGUACGUGUCAAAAUUGAAUUGAACAUGUUAUUUGAAUUGGUGAAGAAAUAUCAACCAGAUAUUUACCAUCACAUGGUGAAAUGUAACACAGAGCCAAUAUAUUUUGCUAUUGACUGGUUCAUGUGUUUGUAUACACGCAAUUUGCCAUGGUCUACAGUCCUCCGUAUAUGGGAUAUGUUCUUCUUCGAAGGUGUGAAGGUUUUAUUUCGUAUUGCACUUUCUAUAUUUCAACUUUUACUGGGAGAUUCGAAUUCAAGAAGAAGAUUGAAUUCAAUGGAUAAAUUAAUGGAAUCUUUACGUAAUCUACCUAAAAAUAUAGUCGGUGAACAUGUGCUUAUUAAUCAUUCAUUUCGUUAUACAUUUAUCACUAAACAAGAACUUGUAAAACUGUAUCGAACACAACUUAAGUCUACUGAGUUAAUAUCAUCUUCAUCCUAA